AUGGUUGAUGAUGGUGAUAGCGUGUAUAUAGAAAAACUAAGAACCGUUAUGACAAUCAACAUCCUGGUGUUCGUGGGCAUCAUCCUCUUCUCUGUGUACUGCCGCCUGCAGGACCGUUCUGAGGCGCUGGUUCAGGUCGUGCGAGGCGCCGACCGCCGGAUGCGCAAUCGGCUCUCCAAGGCGAGUGCUCUGGCCGACCGUGAGGCCAUCCUGCAGCGCUUGGACCAUCUGGAGGAGGUGGUCUACAACCAGCUGAAUGGCCUUGCAAAGCCCAUCGGGCUGGUGGAGGGGCCAGGUGGCCUGGGCCAGGGAGGAGUGGCGGCCACUCUGCAGGACGAUAGCCAAGAGACCGAGGGCAAGUUCGAGGAGUUUGGGUACAAUGCACAGCUCAGUGACCGCAUCUCCCUGGAUAGGACCAUUCCCGACUACAGGCCCAAGAGGUGCAAACAGAUAACACACCCUGAAGACCUUCCCCAGAUCUCUGUGGUCUUCAUCUUUGUCAACGAGGCUCUUUCGGUCAUCCUGCGCUCGGUACACAGCGUGGUCAACCAUACACCCUCCCAGCUCCUGAAGGAAGUCAUCUUGGUGGAUGACAACAGCGACAAUGUGGAACUCAAGUUCAACCUGGACCAGUAUGUUCACAAAAGGUACCCAGGCCUUGUGAAGGUUGUACGCAACAGCCGUCGGGAAGGUCUGAUCCGUGCCCGGCUGCAGGGCUGGAAGGUGGCCACCGCUCCCGUUGUUGGCUUCUUUGAUGCCCACGUGGAGUUCAAUACUGGCUGGGCAGAGCCCGCCCUUGCGCGGAUCCGGGAGGACCGCCGUCGCAUCAUCCUGCCAGCCAUCGACAACAUCAAGUUCAGCACGUUUGAGGUGCAGCAGUACGCCAGCGCCGCCCACGGCUACAACUGGGGCCUGUGGUGCAUGUACAUCAUCCCUCCACAGGACUGGCUGGACCGUGGUGAUGAGUCAGCACCCAUCAGGACCCCUGCCAUGAUUGGCUGCUCAUUUGUGGUGGACCGGGAGUACUUCGGGGACAUUGGCCUGCUGGACCCAGGCAUGGAGGUGUACGGCGCAGAGAAUAUUGAAUUGGGAAUGAGGGUGUGGCAGUGUGGCGGCAGCAUGGAGGUCCUCCCCUGCUCCCGUGUGGCCCACAUUGAGCGUACUAAGAAGCCAUACAACAACGACAUUGACUACUAUGCCAAGCGUAACGCGCUGAGGGCGGCCGAGGUGUGGAUGGAUGAUUUCAAGUCCCACGUGUACAUGGCAUGGAAUAUCCCCAUGACAAACCCAGGAGUGGACUUCGGGGAUGUGUCUGAGAGGCUGGCCCUGCGCCAGAAGUUAAAAUGCCGCAGCUUUAAAUGGUACCUGGAGAACGUGUACCCUGAGAUGAGGAUCUACAACAACACCCUCACGUACGGAGAGGUAAGAAACAGCAAAGCCAGUGGUUAUUGCUUGGACCAGGGCGCAGAAGAUGAUGACCGGGCCAUCCUCUACCCCUGCCAUGGCAUGUCCUCCCAGCUGGUGCGCUACAGUGCUGAUGGCCUCCUGCAACUGGGCCCCCUGGGCUCCACUGCCUUUCUGCCAGACUCCAAGUGUCUGGUAGAUGAUGGCCGGGGGCGCAUGCCCACCCUGAAGAAGUGUGAGGAUGUAGCCAGGCCUACGCAGAGGCUAUGGGACUUCACCCAGAGUGGCCCCAUCGUGAGCCGAGACACAGGCCGGUGUCUGGAGGUAGAGAUGUCUAAAGACGCCAACUUUGGGCUGCGGUUGGUGGUGCAGCGCUGCUCGGGGCAGAAGUGGAUGAUCCGAAACUGGAUCAAACACACCAAGCACUGA